UGUUUCCUCGCUUCUUCCCCCAUCAGGAUGGCGAGCGUGACUCUGCCCGCGCCCUCGGGCCCCGGCCCGGGGCUGGGCCUCGCCAUGACCACGUCCCUCACCGCCUCCAUGACGGCGUCCAUGACGGCUUCCACGGCCUCCUCCGCCAUGGAGGCCGAGGUCCUCACCGAGCUGUUCCACGCCAACGCCGACCACUACCGACUGUCCUUCUCGGCCAUCAAUCGCAUGAGGCAGCACUCGCAGCUCUGCGACGUCACGCUCAAGAUCGGCCCCGACGCCAUCCACGCCCACCGGCUGGUUCUCGCCGCCGUCAGCCCGUACUUCAACGCCAUGUUCAACGGUAAGUUUGACCUCGUGCCCACCCUCGAGAUUAUCUCAUACAGUGCCGCUCCUACGGGCACUGUAUAA